CUUCCUUGCUCUGCCGUGUUCCUGAAGCGCGAGGCUGUGGUGGAGGCUGGCAGGGAGCGGAGGAGCGCCGGCCAACAUGCAGCUCCCGGUCAGAUGUAGCAGGAGGAUUUUCCUGGCUGUUUGUGUAAUCCUCUUUGUGGGAUGCACAGUGCAAGGUGCCCCCGCGCAGAGGGCGCGGUACAAGCGAGUGCGGUGCCGGCCCGACGCCUGGUCCCCCAACUGCGUGGAGGAGAUGGGGCCCUGGUUCCAGCUGCCCGACGGUGCGGCCAACAGGAUCCUGCCGCCCAUGGCCAACCCGGCCCUGAUGAGGCGGUACCAGGACCUGAUCAAAAGCUUCCCGCUCUCCGAGGAGCAGUCGGGCUCGGGCUGGAACGCGGCGCUGGAGCUAGGCUCGGGCUCGGAGGCUGAUUCCAUUCCCGCUGCCCGGGCUGCGCGACGCCCGGAGCUGCCGGCGGGGCUGGGGCAGCGGCUGCAGGAGGAGGCCCUGCUGCCAUAGCACCUCAGCGCCAUGACGGAUGGUCCCCAACCCCCCCGGCUCAAUAAAAUCGCUGCCUUACGACCCUCA